AUGGAAAAUUUAAUUGGAGCUUUUCCUGGCUUAAAGAUCAGUAAGUCGUCGGUCCAUCGAUAUAUGGUCAAUGACUGUGCCUUGUCAUUCAAGAAGGCCCAUCUCCACUCAAAGCAGAGAAACUCACCUGAAAGUAUCCAAAAGCGCUACGAAUGGGUUAAGAAAUGGGAGCAAAAAGAUAUGGACUACAUGUCGAACUACGUCUUCCUUGAUGAAUCUGCUUUCCUUAUCAACCUGAAGCGAACAAUGGCUUGGUCUGAGAGGGGAACUCGCGCUGAGGUGGUUGUUUCUGUAGCGAGGGCCAAAACCACAACUAUUCUCGGUGUAGUAAGUGUUUGGGGCAUUAUCAAUGUUCAAGUAAGAAUACCAGGCGCCUCUGUUAAGAAAAGAAAGAUAGGUGGAGGCUCUGGUAAAGUAGGACCUGGAGGUACCGUAACAGGGCAUUAUUUCAAUUUCGUGGCUAAGACACUGGAUGCUUUGGAUAAGGAUGAUAAGUUCAAAAGCUUCUAUACCAUAAUGGAUAAUGCGCCUAUUCAUACGGCCAAUGACAUUGAAAGAUAUAUCAUUCAGCAAGGCUACAGAUGUGUAUAUCUUCCUCCAUACUCUCCUGAGCUAAACCCUAUUGAACAAUUUUGGCAUGUCGUAAAAAGCAAGCUGAAAAGAGAAAGGUUACUGUCAGACGAGAACCUCACUAGUAGAAUAGCCAAUGCAUGUAACAGUGUUUUGUAUAGCGAUCUUGAGGGAACUGCUCGUUAUUCUGUCAACAAAUUUGAGGCAUGCUUGAAUAAACAGCCUUUGUAG